AUGGGCCUCAAGCAACUUUUCUUGAUUCUCAUUUGUCUUCUCAUAUCUUCUUCUUCUUCUUCUUCUUCUUCUUCUUCUUCUUCUUCUUCUUCUUCUUCUUCUUCUAUAUCUCUAUCAAAUGCAUCAAAUUCUUCUUGUCCCAUAGAUUUCAAUUAUGUCACUACCUUCCCAUGGGACACAUCCUCUUGCACCACCACCACCAACGCAACCGAAAACUGCUGCUCGGCUCUCCGAAGCAUUUUCGGUAUUGGCCUUUCUAACCAUCUCAAAAAGUCCAAACAAUUCUACUUCACAAACAUGGACACAUCCAUUUCUUGUGUUUCACAUUUCCAAGCCAACCUUUCUUCAAUCUCUAUAAAACAAACCUUCUCAAGUUGCCUUGCAUAUAGUCAUGAGUUCGUGUCGAAUGAGUCAAGUUGUGCUGGGAUCCACACCGUUUCGGAAUGGGUUGACAAGGCUGGUUCAACCAAGGAUCUAGAGUCAUCUUGUGAUGGAAAUCUAGCCGGGUUUAUUACGUGUAGAUCUUGCCUAGAUGCCGGUUUGGCUAUUACUUCUCGGUUAGUUUCUUUAAGCCAAAACUCAACUAAAUGUUUUACUUUUACCGCAUUAUAUGCUGCUGGAAUUAUUAAUAAAUUUGGGCCAGAAGAUACACGAACUGCGGAUUGUAUACUAGGUGUAGCUUUAUCCAAGCCCAAAGCUAGAUCCAGUAAGAAAAAAAACAUGAUUUUCGCGAUUUUAGGAGCUUUGAUAGGAGUUAUUCUUGUUCUUGGUGUAAGUAUUGUUUAUAUAAGAUUUAGUAGAAAGAGGAAAGGAAUUGAUGAUCAAUUACAUAAAGAUUACGUUAGUAAUGUCAAAGCUAGAGUUUUGCCUAACUCGGGUGCCAAAUGGUUUAGUAUAGAGGAGCUUGGUGAAGCUACAAAUGGUUUUUCGCGACAAAAUUUUAUUGGUCAAGGUGGAUUUGGGGUUGUUUACAAAGGGACUCUUUUGGAUGGGACAGUUGUGGCUGUUAAAAAGAUGAGUAGUUUUGAUAUAGAAGCGGAUAAUGAUUUUGUUAACGAGGCGAAGAUUAUAAGUAAGAUAAGGCAUCGGAAUCUUCUUCCUCUUAGAGGGUUUUGUGUGACAAGUGAUUCGAUACAUGGUAAUGAAAGGUACCUUGUUUAUGACUUUAUGCCGAAUGGUAGUUUACAUGAUCAUAUAUUUAGCGAAAAGACAUCAAGUACAAGUUUAAGUUGGCCUCAAAGAAAAUCUAUAAUUCUUGAUGUGGCUAAUGGGCUAUCUUAUUUGCAUAAUGGGAUUAAGCCCGCAAUAUUUCAUCGCGAUAUAAAGGCAACAAAUAUCCUUUUGGACACAAAUAUGAAAGCCCUAGUGGCGGAUUUUGGGUUAGCUAAGCAAAGUGGAGAUGGACAAUCUCAUAUGACUACAAGAGUUGCAGGAACCCAUGGCUAUGUAGCCCCAGAGUACGCCUUAUAUGGGCAAUUGACAGAUAAGAGUGAUGUUUAUAGCUUCGGGAUCAUAGUUCUUGAGAUCAUGAGUGGGAGAAAGGUGCUUGAAGAGAUGAAACAAGGGAUGGUUUUGAUUGCCGAUUGGGCAUGGGAGAUGGUUAAAUCGGGUCGAAUUGAUGAGGUUUUUGAGAGUUCAAUGAAAGGAGAUUCAUUGCCUAAGAGUGUGAUGAGUAGAUUUAUUAGAGUUGGAUUACUUUGUGCUCAUACAAUGGUAGCACUUCGACCUACGAUUUCACAAGCUCUCAUGAUGUUGGAAGGUGACAUCGAUAUCCCACGUUUGGUGGACCGACCACCACCUCUCGGUGAGUCUGCUAGAUCGAGUUUCUAUCAUAGCAACAACUUGUGGUCGAGUAGUGAAGCAUCCAUGGCCACUUCAAGCCUCAAGACUCGAAUUUGAGCCAAGAACUAGUGCUAGUAUAUAUAUUUCGUUUAUAUUGUAUAGAUCCAAUUAUCAUUUAUCAAUCUGUUAGUUAAUUGAUCAUGUUUAUUUCUAUUGAGAUAGUCAUUUGCUAUUA